AUGUCUGUAAAUGCUGUUGCAGAUGCCGGAGAUGUCCUUAUCGCUGCCUACCUCUGCACGUUCUUCCAAAAUUUUCGCACUGGUUUCCGGAGGCCUGAUACCGUGCCAGAUAAGCUGAUCCCUCUUACCAUCAGUAAUGGUCUGCUCAUCAGCGUUUGUGCGUCCUUCAUUUCUAUUUCAGUAUGGCCCGAUACCUUCAUCUACAUUGCCGCAUUGCCUUCUAUGUCUGUCUGGGUCGUCGGAAUCAAUCAUGUCACUGGCAGUCCACAGAGGGCGAGUGCCGCGAUUUUUUUUUGGUACGAGCGCGUUGCUCGUGUACGAUUUGCGGAUCAUAACAACAUUUCGAUCAAGCUUGAUGCCAUGCGGCAGUUCGCUCCAAAUGAGAAUUCAUCUGCACUGGAUCUUUUGAAGCUCUGA